AUGCUGCGGCGGUGGUGGCGGCGGCGGUGGACUGACACGGCCGUGUUUGGAGGGAUCUUUAUGACGCUCCUUUUAAUGGAACAUAGAUCUUCUAGAUCUUUAGUCCUGGGGGAAGACGCCCCUCACCCCUCACUUCGCUCAGGCAGUCCAUCAAGUCCUCCACCCAGGACCAUUUUAAGACCCGGUAACUAAAAGAAACCAGGAGGUCCAAUCAGCAGGUUAACGCAGAGAAAGACAAAAUAAAAUACAAUAAAGUAAAAUAAAAAAAUAAAUAUAUAUGAUUGAAUAAGAUAAAAUUAGAUAAGAUGAAAUAAAAAAAAGAUAAAAUAAAAUAAAACAAAAAUAAAUAAAAUAAAAUAAAAGAUAAAAAGAUUUUAAAAAAAGAUAAAAUAAAUAUAAAUAAGAUAAGAUUAAAAAAGAUUGGAAUAAAAUAAGAUAUAAUGAAAUAUCAAAUAAAAAAUGUAAUAAGAUAAAAUUAUAAAAAGAUGAGCUUAAAUAAGAAAAGAGGAACCUGUCUUUAUCCCAGAGGAUAAAUUUAAUUUAAUCAAAUGUAGUUUUUGUUAUAUCAGGUGGGUUUACCUGUUACCUGGUAAUGCAGGUUGAAGGUCACAUGAUCAGGAUGUUAGUCUGUUUUAAAUGGAUAAAAAGAUGGCUGCUGUCCUAAAUAAUCAAGUCACUUUGUCUUCAUGAGUCGACUCCUCCUGUUUUAUGACUCAGCAGAAAAAAAACUGAUAUUUGAGAUUCAUUCAGAGGGACUGAGAUUAGAGAGCUGACAAAAGCUUCGAGAGGUGCUUCUCCUCUCACUUCACUCCUCGUCUCCUGACUCCUCGUCUCCUGACUCCUCGUCUCCUGACUCCUGCCAAUCUCCCCGUGGGGGGGGCUGUUGGCCCCUGCUCUCUAACACAAACACCACGGUGACAUUAAGGAGUGCUUACGCUGCCAUAAAACAGAAGAAGAAGAAGAACGCUGUAAAGUACAUUUGUGCUGAGCUGGGAUCUGCUGACUCAUCCAAAAACAACUCUGUGUUUUUGACCGAGAGCCACAAACAAGGAAACAAGGAAACAAGGAAACAAGGAAACAAGGAAACAAGGAAACAAGGAGACCAGGAACCAAGGAGACCAGGAAACAAGGAAACAAGGAGACCAGGAGACAAGGAAACAAGGAGACCAGGAAACAAGGAGACCAAGGAAACAAGGAAACAAGGAGACCAGAAAACAAGGAAACAAGGAGACCAGGAAACAAGGAGACCAGGAGACCAGAAAACAAGGAAACCAGGAAACAAGGAGACCAGGAGACCAGCAAACAAGGAGACCAGAAAACAAGGAAACAAGAAGACCAGGAAAUAAGGAGACCAGGAAACAAGGAAACAAGAAGACCAGGAAACAAGGAGACCAGGAAACAAGGAGACCAGGAAACAAGGAGACCAGAAAACAAGGAAACAAGGAGACCAGCAAACAAGGAGACAAGGAGACCAGCAAACAAGGAAACAAGAAGACCAGGAAACAAGGAAACAAGGAGACCAGGAAACAAGGAAACAAGAAGACCAGGAAACAAGGAAACAAGGAGACCAGCAAACAAGGAGACAAGAAAACAAGGAGACCAGGAAACAAGGAAACAAGGAGACCAGGAAACAAGGAGACCAGGAAACAAGGAGACCAGGAAACAAGACCUCAAACCCUCAGCCGGGGGGUCUACAGGGAUUUACUCUGAGUUCUGAGUCCUAAAGUCUUCCUGUCUGAUCCAGUGUUGGAGUUUCUGUUUGAGACAGAGGAGCUCGGGUUGUUCUGGUUAACGGUGUCACCACUGACCCUCCUCUGAAGACCUCUGACCCUCCUCUGAAGACCACUGACCCUCCUCUGUAGACCUCUGACCCUCCUCUGUAGACCUCUGACCCUCCUCUGAAGACCUCUGACCCUCCUCUGAAGACCGCUGACCCUCCUCUGAAGACCUCUGACCCUCCUCUGAAGACCGCCGACCCUCCUCUGAAGACCACUGACCCUCCUCUGACCCUCCUCUGUAGACCUCUGACCCUCUUCUGUAGACCACUGACCCUCCUCUGAAGACCACUGACCCUCCUCUGAAGACCUCUGACCCUCCUCUGUAGACCUCUGACCCUCCUCUGUAGACCACUGACCCUCCUCUGAAGACCACUGACCCUCCUCUGAAGACCGCCGACCC